UGCCAUUCUGUGACCACUAAAUAUAGUUGAUAUAUCUCCACUUUUUUAUUUUUAUGUAUUAGGCACACACAAGUGGUUUACUCCAAAAGUUUCUGGAAUGGUUCCAGGAGCAAGGGAUGGACAUUCAGCAUGUGUCUUGGGAAAGAGCAUGUAUAUUUUUGGAGGAUAUGAGCAACUGGCUGAUUGUUUUUCAAAUGACAUCCAUAAACUUGACAGUAGCAACAUGAUGUGGAGUUUGAUCUGCACUAAGGGCACACCAGCUCGAUGGAGAGAUUUCCAUUCAGCCACAAUAAUUGGGACAAAGAUGUAUGUGUUUGGGGGAAGAGCAGAUCGCUUUGGGCCAUUCCAUUCCAACAAUGAGAUUUACUGUAACCGAAUCAAAGUAUUUGACACAGACACAAACUCUUGGCUGGAUUCUCCUCCCACUCCUCUUCUCCCUGAAGGCAGACGAAGCCAUUCAGCAUUUGGCUACAAUGGAGAAUUAUAUAUAUUUGGUGGCUAUAAUGCACGCCUGAACAGACACUUCCAUGAUCUUUGGAAAUUUGAUCCAGUCUCUUUUACCUGGAAGAAAAUUGAACCCAAAGGGAAAGGGCCAUGUCCUCGCCGUCGACAGUGCUGCUGUAGAAUAGGAGACAAAAUCAUCCUCUUUGGGGGCACCAGCCCAUCUCCAGAAGAAGGCAUGGGAGAUGAAUUUGACCUGAUGGAUCACUCAGACCUGUACAUCUUAGACUUCAGUCCCAGCUUAAAAACGCUGUGUAAACUGGCAGUGAUCCAGUACAAUCUGGACCAGUCUUGCCUCCCUCAUGAUAUAAGAUGGGAGCUUUCAGCAAUGACAACUAAUAGCAACAUCAGCCGUCCAAUUCUCUCUUCCCAUGGAUAAUUUGGUGUCAUGCUCCUAGCUACCUUCAACUCCUUGCCUUGCAAAUGUCAUCUUCUGUCUUCCUCCCUGUGCAUGAAAGUUCAGCUUAUUCAAAAAAGGAGCACUAUUUCAACACAAAGAUCUCUUUACUGACCAAUAUUGGGAAGGUUCUCUUUGCCUAUCCCACUGCCACACUAGUUGCAGCUAUAACUUUGCCAAAACCUUGAUUUAAAGGUAGCAUGCACGCAGAAUCAGAUAAUGCAUACUACAAAAAAGGACGCCAGGUGUGUUUUUGCUCUCAUAGCUGAAGGUUACAUCUGACAACCAUCUACUGGUAUAGUAGCUUUUCAUUUAAUAGAGUCAAAAGAAGUAUAAAUCUCAGGACUAUUACAAGACCAGCAUAUGUUUCAUAUGCGCUACAAAAUCAAAGGUGAACAAAGCAAGGACUCAUCAGAAUUCAGCUUCUCUAUGUCUCAGCAAUUUUGAGUGCCUAGCUCUCAGUAUUAAUGUAAGAACUGAACUGGUGCCCUAUCUUAAACCUUUUUCUUUGCUCCUCUGAGCACAGAAAAAAAUUGCCUAGUCUUACACAUUUUGGGGGUUAACCAGCUUGUUUUCUGCAAUGGGCACCCGGACGAUCUCCAUAUGAUACUUAAGCACUUGCCACCUUUACAGUGGUACAGAUCAGAGUCUUCAGUGGAAGAAGGAUGAUGGCCAAGCAAAGAGUGGCAUCCAACGUUCUGUAAGACUGAAUCAAUUUUUUUUUCUGCGUGUUAUGGGAGUAUUCAUCGCAAGAUCUGAAAUGCUAUCACCCAGUUUAUAUGUACAGGCAAAAGCUCUGAAUUUAUAAAUACCAGGGUGGGGGAAGACAAACUGUGUCAGUACUUUAUAUGGCUAGAGGACAAGUGAUGGACUAAUGUAGAGGGGAUGAGGAUUUAGGGUCUGCAGUCCACAAAUUAAGGCUCUAAUUGAAAAAAAAAUGUAUAAAUUAGUGGCUAAAGGAGGUGAGCUGGAGUGUUAUCAGUUCAAAUCUUGGUGUGGCCAUGGACUUGCUAAACACUGCCGGGCAAGCCACGCUUGGUUUCAGCCUCACAUCAGAAAUAUAGGAGCAACACUUUCUUGCCAUAUGGGAAUAUUGUAACAAUUACAAUAUACAAUAAGUGAAAUGUUUUGAAUAUACAAAAGUGCUAUAUAAAUGCUGCAUAUUUAUUAAAA